CAGCUCGAGAAGUCGAACUGGACGGUCGUCGAGAAACAACCGCGAGUCUUCGUUGCGCGCACAUCGCGGAUUGUGCUCUCUCGCGAAAAAUCGUGAUGAUGGUCGACGUUUUCGUGCAGCAGCAGACAGCCAAGUGUAUCUAGGGGGAGACCAUGAUUUUGCGCGUUCCCUGGCCAAGUUAAACGGAUGCAGCGAUUUAUUUUUUUUGUUAAACACAGCUCAUACGACACUAGUGUGACUAAUUACUUCCAGCCCUCAUUAUUCGGAGUAUAAUCACAAGUGGCGUAAGUGUGUGUGUGUGUGCGUGCGUGCUUGCGGGUGUGUUGUGUGCGGCAAAUAGCAACUUAUUCGCCUCCAAACGUUGCCGAACGCCGUCAAAGUCUAGCAAAAAAAACACGCUGCAGCAUAAUCUGAAAUAUCCACUUGUGUGUCCUGCAAGAGGGUUGCAACGCGAAACGUACCAACCCCCUACCCCCACCCCCCGCCAUUCGUAAUAUCGACCGGUGUAUGAAAAAGCGGUCAUUAUCCUGCCAGCCACUAGCCGCGCAAGGUGUAUUAGAAGCACGUCCGUUUUCACAAAUCUGGGAAAGCUACUAUAGAGAAGCACGUGCUUUUUGUGCGGGAGAGGGUAUUGUUUUUCCGCGCCCAAAACGAACGUGAAGUGAUCGUCGGCGAUACCACGGGCAACAGAAAUAAAGGGUGGCUCUGUGUGGACGUGUUUGUGAGUGAGAUACGGAGGAAGUAGGAACGGCAGCCAACAUCAUGUUUACGGGUACGCUGCGGUUGAAAGUAUGCGAGGCGAUCGGACUGCGGCCGACGGACUUCCAGACACGGCACACGAUGACAUUUGGCCGGCUCGGUGAUCAGCUCAUCGAUCCGUACGUGUCAAUAGAUGUCGACGAAAAGUUCAUAGAUCGGUCCACCACAAAGCCACGUACCUUCGAUCCGGUGUGGAACGAGAGCUUCAUACACGAGGUGGAGAACGCGAACGUGCUCGGGAUGACAAUCUUUCACGAGGGUCCCAUCACGGACGUGUUCGUGGCUAACACGACAAUACCGUUCGAGGAUCUCGUCACCCGAAAUGAGUCGGAACAGCAGGACUUUUGGGUCGAUCUCGAACCACAAGGCCGGCUGCACGUGAAGAUCGAUCUCCGAUGGACGCAGGACGCGAACAAUGUUGUAGCGUCGCAGAACUCGUGCCGCCGGGCCGUCGUCAAAGAUCAGCCAUUUUUAAAUCGCCGCCGCGGUGCAAUGAGAAGGCGUGUUCAUCAGGUUAACGGUCACAAGUUUAUGGCCACAUUCCUGCGUCAACCAACAUUCUGUUCCCACUGUCGCGAAUUCAUAUGGGGAUUAGGCAAACAGGGCUAUCAGUGUCAAGUGUGCACGUGUGUCGUCCACAAACGGUGCCAUAGUUCGGUCGUAACCAAAUGUCCAAAGAAAAAGGAUGAGCAAACCAAACCGACACCAACGGAAGCAGCCCAACGGUUCAAUGUAAAUAUGCCACAUAGGUUUUCAGUGCACUCGUUCAAACGGCUGACGUUCUGUGAUCACUGCGGGUCGCUGCUGUACGGUAUUAUCAGACAGGGGCUAAAGUGUGAGGUGUGCAGCAUGAAUAUCCACCGGCGCUGCGAAGGCAACGUGGCGAACAAUUGCGGCAUCAACACCAAGCAGCUGGCCGAGCUGCUGAACGAGAUGGGCAUCACCAUGGAUAAAACACCACCCCGUAGAUCUAAGUACUCUAACCAAACGCCUAGUGAUAACCUUUCGAUGUCGGAACGCUCGGACGAUACCAGCUCGUUGGACACGCUCUCCACGAAGAGCGGUGCGGAGAGUGAGCUGGGCGCACACAACCUGGGAGCGGCGGCCCAUGCCAUGCACGGUGGACGUGGCGGUGCCGGUCACACCUCUAAAUCCGGCGGUCCGGCGAUGGGUAUGCUGGUGAAUCUCGGCACCGAUGACGAUGGCAAUGCGCGACCGAUGCCCGGCAAGGUGUGCCUGAACGAUUUCAACUUCAUCAAGGUGCUGGGCAAGGGUUCGUUCGGCAAGGUGAUGCUGGCGGAGAAGAAAGGCACGGACGAGGUGUACGCGAUCAAGGUGCUGAAGAAGGACGUGAUUCUGCAGGACGAUGAUGUUGAUUGCACGAUGACGGAGAAACGCAUACUGGCGCUGGCCGCCAAGCAUCCGUUCCUGACGGCGCUGCACUCGUGCUUCCAGACGCCCGACCGGCUGUUCUUCGUGAUGGAGUACGUGAACGGUGGUGAUCUGAUGUUCCAGAUACAGCGUGCCCGCAAGUUCGACGAACCGCGGGCCGCCUUCUAUGCCGCUGAGGUAACGCUUGCGCUGCAAUUUCUCCAUCGGAACGGUGUCAUCUACCGUGAUCUGAAGCUGGACAAUAUACUGCUCGACGCGGAAGGUCACUGCAAGCUGGCCGACUUUGGCAUGUGCAAGGAAGGUAUCACCGGAGAGAACCUCACGUCGACGUUUUGCGGUACGCCGGAUUACAUAGCGCCCGAGAUUCUGCAGGAACUCGAUUACGGACCGUCGGUCGACUGGUGGGCGCUUGGUGUGCUGAUGUACGAAAUGAUGGCCGGUCAGCCACCGUUCGAGGCGGACAAUGAGGACGAUCUGUUCGAGGCGAUCCUGCGCGACGACGUACUGUAUCCGGUGUGGCUUUCCCGGGAAGCAGUAUCGAUUCUGAAAGGAUUCAUGACCAAAAAUGCGGCCAAGCGGUUAGGCUGCACCGAUGGCGAAAAUCAAAUCCGAAGUCAUCCAUUCUUCAAAGAUAUGGACUGGGAGGCGCUGGAGCAGCGCAAAGUUCGACCACCAUUCCGGCCACGAGUGGUACUGAUCGUAAACGGUUCGAUGUUAGGACAUCGUAUCUCACUAACGUUCCGUUUCUUUUCCAUUCAUGUCUACUUGCAGCGAAGUGCACGCGAUGCACUGAACUUCGACACCGAGUUCACGAAAGAGGAUCCCGUGCUGACACCGGUACCGAACGAUAUCAUACGGUGCAUCAAUCAGGACGAGUUUGGUGGCUUUUCGUUUACGAAUCCGGAGUUUGGUCCGGAAAGGAAAAUUGUAUGUUAAGCAGUGCCGCUUUUGAACGUUUUUCGGAGCGUAUAUCCGUGAAAGCGAAGGUAAAAGCGUAUGAAAAAGAGUGGAAUAAUCGCUUUGCCAGAAUGAACGCGCACACACUGUCACCGCCACUUGCCACUGCGCCGCUAGCAUACAUUACUACACACGGUCGAUGUAACGGUAAAGCAGAGUCGAUUCCACCCUAAAGCGGAGUCUCUGUUAGCGGUUGUUAUUGUGUUAAAUGGUGAACAUAAUUGGUUACAAUUGGAUUCGAAUUACAUAUAUGUAUAUGUCGUGUAUAUUAGCAUCUUCCUUAUCUAGUUAAGAAAAUUUAAUUUUCUUUAAUCAAUUUCCAGUUCUACUUUUGGUUUUAGAAACAGAUUAAGCACAGGGAAAUUCGUCCAAAACACAAAUAGAAAGUGAAACACGAGAGCAAGAGAGAGCGAACAGAGGAGCAAAUCAGGUUGCAAAGUGCGAUUUACUUCUUCAAAUGAACAAAAUUGUGGUACCCCAUCCGUUGUGUGGUGCAAAGAUUUAACCAGAUAAGAUUGUUAGUGCAGGGUUAUAAACGAUAGAAUGGUCAGUCUCGUCUAGUUGGGUAGGAUAUGGAUAACAUUCUAUAAGUGUUUUUAAAUUAGUAUUAUUAACAUCUCCCCCUCCCCCCGUAUGGUUAGGUUGAUGUGUUAGUGAAUUUUUGGUCACCAACCAUGGUAGCGCAUCCAGCAAGAGAUACGCAAGGUUCGUUCAAAACGAACCGCGCACAAUUUAGGCAUAUGCGUAUAAAGAAACACGGAUUCGCAAAAGUAUCGUGCACGAUGGUAAGAAAAGAGGGUUACGUUUCCUAGCCAGCAUUAGUGAGUUUUUUUGUUUUUAUAAAUGCAAAAAAAAGAUUAAUUUUGUUGUUAAUAAUGCUAAUACUAUCCCAGUUUGAGUUACGGUGUUAUGGCGAAAGCGCCUUAACAUUGGUGCCACUACGUAAUGCAAUCUCAUUGAAAACUCAUAUUAAUCAUAAAUAGUAAUGCGCGAUUUAAAACAAAACAAAAAAAACAAGGCCAUUGGUAGAUAUAUUAUUUUCCAUAAGCUAGCUAAAUUUAUUCGUUCGCUAGUUGUUUUUUGCGAGUACUGUUUAUUUGUAUUCUCUAGUUGUAUUAAGAUUUUUGGAACCGGAAUAUUUAAUCUUUCCGAAAUGUAAACUACGGCUAGCCCAUUGUCAGCGAACAAUUUCUAAUGGUUUUUUUUAUCGUUGUUAGCUAAUUUUUGUAGUUAUGUUGUGUUAAGUAUGCUUCUUUAGUAGAUCUCUAACUGCUUGAUUGACAAGCUGUACGCAAAAAGGUUGAACAAUUUACGUAUUUCGUUGAGUAUAAGUAAGCGUUUUUUUUAGAAUCGCAAUAACAAUUAGUAAUUCGUUACGAAACCAUACUAGUGAGUUAUUGGGUUGAACAGUUUUUGAACGAUUUUUGCAUUUAAUAUCAUUCAGAGACGAUCAUUGCUACAUGGUCGUAUUAUGAGAUCGUGUUUGGUUGUGUGUUAGCCGUACUACGCAGUGCUAUUUGAACGCUAGUCAUUAGCCAGGUUUUACAGUAACGAAAAGAAAAAAUGUCCCCAAAAAACCCAUUACAAUAUCCUUGUUUAGUGUUUAAUAUGUAUAUCAUUGCUGUUGAAAUCCAUUGUUUCGUAUGCAAUCGAUCGAUGUAUGUAGUUUCACCAUGUUUUACCAUUAUCAUUGUGGGUUUUGCUAGCGUAUAAUAAUAAUUCUACCAAAGAAAAUAACUGAAACAUGUGUGCACAAGAGCUACUCGUGUGUAAUUUUAUCUCAAGCAUGAACGGUGUAAAGUGUGGCUGGUAGAAUGAUGGAGACACUACAACAAUGUGAGGAUAAAAUCUGAUCUUAACUGUGGUUUUCUUUCGAACGAAAACGGUUGAAAAUAGAGAAGAAAAAAGAGAAAUACAAUGAAAAGCAUAGGAAAAGUUACGUUGAACCGGAAUCACGCUUAGUUCGCCCAAAAGCAAAGCACAACAUUCAUUAUCUCAUUCAAAUUCGUUCAGUUUUCGUUUAGAUUAACCUUCCGUUCGAACGUGUCUUUUGGAGUGGUAUUAGGGAUUGUGCUGUUUGCUGGAAUGACCCUUGCCAUAGGUUAGCUAAUUGUUAGUAACUAGAGAAAGAGGAUAUAUGUGUUAUCACUGUGCAUCAGGUUUGCAAUGUUUGCUGUAAAACGUACAGUAUUCGGUUUACUUCUGUUAAAUAGCACAACUUAUUUAUAGUAAUCGUAACGGUGUGGUAUGAUGGAUGUUGACUAGUGAAGAAUGUUUAAAAUAGUGAAAGGAUACGAGGCAAUUUAUGAGAUGAUCAAAAACCAAAGGUGCACCGAUUGGUCGGACGCGUAGAGCAAGAACUGGCUGUUUUAUAAAAAGCGCGAUAAAAGCUUUGCAGGAACAGAGAAAACAAGCAGCUGCAGGUGCAAAAAGGAAAACAGUUUAAUUUAUUUUAAGCCGAAGAUACAUUUUCCUACCAAAACGUGGCAUAUCUAUUUGCUGUUUUUUCGAAACCGAUGAAAACGAAAUGUAACAUAUGUAAUGUCAUAAUCUCAAAGCAACGUGCCCUACGGUUCCACGGGAGCCGGGAGGGGCAUUUAGUGGAUAAAUAGUAUCCGUUUUGUUUCGUUUUAUGUUUUAAACGGAAGGUAGGUCUGUUCGCGGUCCAAUAGCUGCCGCAUGUGUUGAGUUUCGAAAGCGAAAUCUAUUCGAAGCGUGGUUUUUCAUGCUAUUCCAUAUUGAAAACAACCGUCGAACACUAGUGCGGACCUAUCGUCCGUAGAAAACCUUACUGUAUUCAACUGUUGUUACAAAAACAAAGUGUGAUGGCUUCACCGGCACAAUAGUACAGGCAAUGUUGUAAUGUUGUAUUUAGUUGUUACUAUUGGUUAACGUGUUUCGUCGUUCGUGUAACUUUCAUUGUGAUUGUCGCUUAUAGUAGAGUGGAUUUGAAGGAGCACCAGAAAAGAGAGAGAGAGAGCAAACGAGCGAAAAACAAUACUACAAUGUAAUCGUAUUAACUCUCACUGCAGCUGCAAAACAGUACAGAGGCUUUGAGCUUUCAUAUACGGGUGCGUGUGCCGAUGUGCGUUUAGUCGAUCAUUUCAAGUGGAUCUACGGAUUUGAAAGGGCAAGCGCGCAAACGAAGGAAAUGUUUUGUUUUUUUUUCUCCCCACACUAUAAUUCUCCUUCCUUUCAAGCGCUAUUCUUUACCGCUCGUACAGUGGCAGCAAUGAUUAGAGAAUGGAGGACUGGAUACCUUAAUCGUACUCCACCCAAAAACCUUUGGGAGUUAAUACCUUGAAUCUUGGAUAGCAGCGACGGAAAGGUUUUGAAAGGCUUUUGUCGCGUUCAAUGCUACCAAUUGAUAGCUAUAAUGCAUAAGGAUCGAUAGAAAAUGCUAGGCGCACGAUGUUGAGAAUGAGUCGUAUAUAGUUACACACGAUAAGAAUGGAAAGAACGAGUAAAAAAAAUCCGUCUGAUAAUAUUAAAAACCGAAACAAAAGAAGAAGAAAAAAACACACAUACACAGAAGAAAACAUCAAAAAUAAAAGAUUUAUAAAACAAACACAUAUAAGUAUGUUACGGCACAGAAAGCAUAAAGAUCUUUACGCAAAUGAAAGGCCUUGACUAAAACAAAAGAACAGCAACGUGGAGCAGCAUAUAUGGUCUGCUGCUGCUGCUAAACAAAAGGAUCGCAUGUCUCGUUAUAUGAAACUUGCCGGCUAACAAAUGCUUGUUUUAUGUUAUUUCGGGAAUUUUUGAACUAUAUUUUGUGCAAAAGGAAAGGAACUCUCCUAGAAAAAGCCAAGGCGAAAUAUUAAAUGUAAUUUGGUAAUGAAUUGAUAUGGAUGAGUAUAAAUCAUGGUUAAUUAAUUUUGGAGCAUGAAUGAAUUUGUCUUAUAGUUUUGAAUUAUGAAUAUUUUAAACAGUGUCACCAUGAAAAAAAAAUCACUGUCUUAAUGUUGCAUUCAAGUUUUUACUUUUAUAGAACAAAUCUAUAAGCCCAAACAAAUGUUUAGUUGUUCAACUACAUCACUAUUUCAACUGGUACGCGAUUAUCGAAUCCAUCCAUUUCUAUGCAAAGCUUUGACGGACUAGAUUGUCUGGUCUCAUGAAUCAAGUGAAGUCAUUUUUAAGCUAAAAAAGCUUGGACUCAAGAGUUCCGGGAUGGUUCUGUUUCAAAAGCGUAAACACACACUACAUUCUAUUCGUUCCCGUGACUUUGCCAUGGAGCAUUUGCAACUGUUCCAGAUAGUUUUCUCUAUAACGGGUUGACAAAUAGUAGCGAAAUACGCAACGCUGGCAGAGAAGAGAAAGAUGUGCAGCUGGGGUGUGUAUAUGUGAAACGAAAUGAACAUGCAAAACGGUAUAUUAUCCCAGCAAAUCAACAUAUUGAAUUCAAUUGGCGCGAUGGAAUAGAAAUUCGUGUAAAUUAGUUGCAUGUUAGGUAGAUUAAAACACUCCAAUAUUAACCGUAACAAUGGCAUCGUCCCAUACGGUCAUUACCCUAUGGAAUGGAGGCGCAAUGCUAAAGCAGAACACGAAACAAAAGCAUCCUCAGUCGAAAAUCGUGUGCAGCCGACAGGCAUGAAACAUCUAAAAAAAAACAUACAACACCUCGAAACAAGGCGAACUUUGUGUACUUGAACAUAUACCAAAAAUUAAGAAAAAAAAACAAAACAAGCAAGCAACAAUAAAACACAAAAGGAAAGUAAAUAAGGAAAGAAUAUAAAAAAGCUACACACACACACAGCUUGAAAGGGACAGUAUGACAGAACGCUUGUAGGAAGGAGCAGUAUAGUGUUGCGGGUGGCUAGUUGAAUGCAAAAUAACAAAACAAAACAAAAACCACCAAGCACUGCAAAUUUUAGCAGAGUACACAAAUAAGGAAGAAACCACACACACGCUCGCACGCACGCAAAAGCAUAACGCAGUUUGUGUAUACAUGCGUUAAGUAAACAGAACGGGAGAGCAUAUAUAUUGCAGAACAUAUAUAUAUAUAUACAUAUAGAUAUAUACAAAUACAUAUAAGAAAAAGUAAAAGUGAGAAAUAAAUUAAGAAAUUUAUAAACAUGAAUCAAGUAAGUGAAAAAGAGCAAGAAACGAUCGAGAUCGAAAGAGCGAUCGAUACACACAAAGUAGCCCGAAACAGAAACAAAAAGGGGAUUAAUACAGAAGCGAAGAUGAUGUAAUCGGUUUUAAAAACAGUGCGAAGAAAUUGUAACUGACGCGACACUACACAUAAAGCCAGAAGAUAACGAUAAAAGAAAAUGAAGGAAAACAAAAGAAAGCAGAGCAGAAGUAGGCACGCGACAAAUAUUUCUUCGCUGUGUCAAGCGCGAAGUAAUUUAUACUUGAAGCAACAAAAUGGCGCAUACCUUUACGAUGGAAGAUACGUUGCCUACUGAGAGUGUUGUCCAUAGUUUCGAAAUUACAAGUUUGUGUGCGUGUGUGCGUGUGAGUGCACACUUCCUGUCAAAUUUCCGUUUGCGUGCUAGUUGUUCGACGAUGCAUUUUCGAUCGAGUAGUCCUUUGCUUCGUUCGCACUAAUUCCCACAACCAACAAGUGUGGUGGUCCAUUGUCCGGGUGCAGCAUAUCGUGUCGAAUUUCGUGGUAGGUAAUGAAGAGCGUAUUAAGCAAAACCAAAAUGUCCCACCGUGUACCUAAGAAAAACCACCCUUCGCAUCCUGCCGCUACCACUUUCGCCCAGCAGAGGUAGAAUGAAGUGGACCGUACAGCAGCGCGCUGUUUUCGUUAGUAGUUUUUCGUUCCCUUUUUUAAUCACAUCCCUAAAUCCACUCAUGUUAGUGUAGUGUUUGCGUGCGUGUAUGGAUGCAAAAUUGGUAUGUUGUGCGUAUGUAAGGAUGUAUUAUUUUUAAGGAUUUUACUAGAAGGAAGUUCUUUUGUGUGCAUGUGUACGAUCGAGUUGAUUAGGCGUGAAUGUGAUAAAUUAAAGUUAUUAGUUGUCAAUUUUUUCCCAAAAAAAAAAAUACGUUAUGCUACCGUGGCAGUGGACCACUUAGGAUCGUAACGAUUGAAAAUGCAUUAAUAAUUGAUUUGUUAUUUAUUCUUCCUUGUAGGCGGCAAUUGUUUAACAAAAAAAAACUUAUUACUGAAGGCAUUAUUUCUAACAUUACCAACUACAUUUGCUACCUUACACCACUAACUGUACACCUUCAUUUAACGUGAAGUACGUGGAGUGAAACAAGCUCGCGUUUUUUAAAUAAUAUCUUACGAAACGUCGAACAAAUUUGAAUCCAUCGUAAUAAUUACCGACAAAUGCUGACUGCAACAAAGGCCAGAAGGUUUAGAAAAUUUAGGGAAAUUCUAAUCCUUUUUCUCCCUAAAAUAAAUUGGAAACUAAAAACACAAAAACCCCACACUGCUUACAAAAGGCUCCCGGGCAUCUUUCCGUUGGCCGAAGGCGCAGGAAGAAAACAAAGCAAAAAGGGCAACAAAUAGUGUUGUUUAUUGUUAGAGGACGAGUGGUGGGUGGGAAAGAUAGAUCUUAUCAUUGCACAUGAGGAAACAAAAACCAAAAACGUGAAUUGUAAGCCCACGAUCGAAUGUGUCUGUCUGUCUGUGUGUGUGUGUGCAAUGUCGCUGUUAUUUUGUCGUAAAAAAAACCCAACACAAACAUAUAAAAACCCUCUUUGGAAGGAUAUGGGCGCAUUCAAUUUGGUAGGCAAUGGUGGUGGUCCCCAUGAUCGAGAGCGGAAGAUCAAAUGGGCCACCCGCACGUAAUAAGUAGUUUGUCGUCCCCAUUUUUGUUCGGUGUCCUUCACGGCGAAGGAAAUGAUGGGAUAUGGGAGAAAUGAAAAACCCUAGCGAAACCCGAUGUUGAUGAAGUAGCAGAAGUAAAGAAAGAAGAAAAAACACAAGCAAAAUGAUACAAAACUGGGAAAAGCCUGACAAAGAUAACCCCACUUUUAUGGAGAAAUGGCAGCAUUAGGAAGCAGAAUAGAAAAGAAGGAAAAAUCACCAAAAAAAAUCUAUCAUACCGAUACGCGCACCAUCAUCAGGUGAAUGAGAAAAGGGUGUGUGUGUGCGUAUGUGUAUGUGUGAGUGUGUUGAUGUAAGCAAACAAACAAGUUAUAAAAGUAGCAAAAACGGACUUCAAUGUGGCGAAUGGCGCAACGUGGAAAAGUCUACUGAAAAAUGAACAAACAAACUGGAACACGCAUACAUACACGUGUGCACUCACGCUGAUGCAGAACAAAAGAAGAAAGAAGAAGAAAAAAACAAAGCGUAGUUUGUCGUGCGAAGCAAGAUAAGAAACAAAUUCAUUCAUUCGAAACAAGGAGCAAACAAAACAGAGAAAGAGAGAAUGAAUAUAUAUGAAUAUAAAUACCAAAAAAUAUUAUAUAACAAGAAAUAAAUAUAUAUAUACAUAUAUUAAAAUAUGUGAUUAUACCACGAAAA